CAGGUCGCGCCGGGAACCAGGGACAAACGCCUAGCAGAGACUUUCCAGUAAAAGCCGCACGGAUCUUGGGUUGUAUUCGGACGCCAUCGCUCAUUCCUCAUCUCUCACCUUUCAUCUCACCCGCAUCCCGCCCGCCUCACCGCUGCCAGAAUGGGGUCAGCGGGGCCGACCGCGCUGCCGGCACUCAGGACGAACCCCAAGUUCAUCUUCUUCACCGACUUCGAUGGCACCAUCACGCAGCAGGACAGCAAUGAUUUCAUGACCGACAACCUCGGCUUCGGCCCCGUCCUGCGCAAGAAGGGCAACGAGGACGUGCUCUACGGCCGCCGCGACUUCCGCGACGCCUUCCGGGACAUGCUCGACAGCGUGGCCACGCCCUUCAACAUGUGCAUCGACAUCCUGCGCAAGAACAUCACCCUCGACCCGGGCUUCAAGGCCUUCUUCGAGUGGGCCCGCGAGAACAACGUGCCCAUCGUCGUGCUCAGCGGCGGCAUGGAGCCCAUCAUCCGCGCCCUGCUGGCCCACCUGCUCGGCCAGGAGGCUGCCGACUCCCUGCAGAUCGUCAGCAACAACGUGGCGCCGCGGAACGGGAAGAGCAUCAAUGACGUUGGGGGGUGGCAGAUUGUCUAUCACGACGACAGCGGCUUUGGCCACGACAAGUCCCUCGAGAUCCGCCAAUACUCGAGGCUCCCCGCGGAGGAGAGACCGGUCCUCUUCUACGCCGGCGACGGCGUGUCUGACCUGUCGGCGGCCAAGGAGACCGACCUGCUGUUUGCCAAGGCGGGGCGUGACCUCAUCACCUACUGCGAGAAGGAGAACGUGCCGUUCACCACGUUCAACGAUUUCAGUGAUAUCCACGCCGUGGUCAAGGACAUUGUGACUGGCAAGCUUUCCGUCAAAGAGGCUGCCACGGGGAGGAAGUGAGACCAGGGCCUGGGUGGUGAUCCUGUGCAGGUCACAGGGAUGUGGAUGGCACCAUCUAAGCGCUAGAACGAUAGACGAUAGACUG